UAGGACUUGGACCACCGAGGGUAUCUGGUAUUAUUCCAGCAAUGCCUACCUAAUGACAGAUCCAUCGCCUGUAGGAACUCUAGUGAGUUCUACACAGACCCGUAGAGCCCAUUCCAUUGUGGAUUGAUCUGACCACAGUCAGCUAUGCCACGGCCUGCGGUAUAUUGGGGAUCUCGUCACAGCUCAAACAUUUGGCCAGCAUAACCUACUCGCCAACGAAUUGUUUGGCAAGCCUUUCAUGUCUUCGCUACCAGACAUAUUCAGGGCUAUCUGGGAGUCUCAGAAUGUAUUCCACGCUUAUCCAUCACUUACAUGCGAAGUCGAGGGGCAAACUAUCGAUUGGCAAGAUACAGGAUAUGUCGGAUCCGAUCCGGGCCCAGCUAAUGCAUGGCAUACGAUGAUGGCGGCAACAAUCCCGAAUGGAGGCGUAUCUACGCAAGUUGGCCAUCAUUCUAUGUGUGAGCUCCGUCGACAGGGUUAUGUGUUCUGGGAUCAGGUUCGUAUCGAGGAAUGGGGCCUCAACAGCAACACCAUCGAUAUCCCUCUUUAUUUUCCCAAUUGGCAGCAGGAGCUACACCUUAGAGCGGCUAGCGCCUUGUACAGGCGGCCACACUUGUAUUAUAAUGCAGGCGUGGGUAGCUGGUGGUACCCAAGAGAAAUAGCCCCCCUUCCUGUCGUCCGAUUGCCUCCGAGACAGUAGAGGAGCAUUCUUUGGUGGCUGAAGAUGAGUCACAGACAUACUUUGCUAUAGCGGAAGGCUACAACAUGCCUGUCGGUCAGUGAAUCUCACAGGCGGGUUCAAAACUCGAUGAUUGGGUUGGUAUGGUAGGAUGAUUA